AUGGGGAACCGCGAGAUGGAGGAGCUGAUCCCGCUGGUGAACCGGCUGCAGGACGCCUUCUCGGCGCUGGGACAGAGCUGCCUGCUCGAGCUGCCUCAGAUCGCCGUGGUGGGCGGCCAGAGCGCCGGCAAGAGCUCGGUGCUCGAGAACUUCGUGGGCCGGGACUUUCUCCCUCGAGGGUCUGGCAUCGUGACAAGACGGCCUCUUGUGUUGCAGCUGGUUACUUCCAAAGCAGAAUAUGGAGAAUUCCUGCACUGCAAAGGGAGGAAGUUCACGGAUUUUGAUGAAGUUCGCCAUGAGAUUGAAGCAGAGACAGACCGGGUCACGGGGAUGAACAAAGGCAUCUCCCCAAUCCCGAUCAAUUUACGGGUCUACUCACCACACGUCUUGAACCUCACCCUCAUCGACCUGCCUGGCAUCACCAAGGUGCCCGUGGGAGACCAGCCCCCCGACAUCGAGUACCAGAUCCGAGACAUGAUCAUGCAGUUCAUCUCCCGGGAGAACUGCCUCAUCUUGGCAGUCACGCCUGCCAACACCGACCUGGCGAACUCGGACGCCUUGAAGCUGGCCAAGGAAGUGGACCCUCAGGGUCUGCGAACCAUCGGAGUCAUCACCAAGUUGGAUCUGAUGGAUGAAGGGACCGACGCCAGGGAUGUCCUGGAGAAUAAGCUGCUGCCCCUGCGCAGGGGCUACAUUGGUGUGGUGAACAGGAGCCAGAAGGACAUAGACGGGAAGAAGGACAUCAAGGCAGCCAUGAUGGCUGAGAGGAAGUUCUUUCUCUCGCACCCGGCCUACAGGCACAUCGCUGACCGCAUGGGCACCCCACACCUGCAGAAGGUCCUCAAUCAGCAACUCACUAACCAUAUCCGGGAUACCCUGCCGAACUUCCGGAACAAGCUGCAGGGGCAGUUGCUGUCCAUCGAGCACGAGGUGGAGGCCUUCAGGAACUUCAAGCCGGAGGACCCCACCAGGAAGACCAAAGCAUUGCUGCAGAUGGUUCAGCAAUUUGCUGUGGAUUUUGAGAAGAGAAUCGAGGGGUCAGGGGACCAAGUAGAUACCCUGGAGCUCUCAGGGGGUGCUAAAAUCAAUCGUAUUUUCCACGAACGCUUUCCUUUUGAAAUAGUAAAGAUGGAGUUCAACGAGAAGGAGCUGCGCAGAGAAAUCAGUUACGCAAUCAAAAACAUCCACGGCAUAAGGACGGGGCUGUUCACUCCAGAUAUGGCGUUCGAAGCAAUAGUCAAAAAGCAGAUUGUGAAGCUGAAAGGGCCAUCUUUGAAGAGUGUGGACUUGGUCAUGCAGGAAUUAAUCAACACUGUGAAGAAGUGUUCCAAAAAACUGGCGAACUUCCCCCGACUCUGUGAGGAGACAGAGAGGAUUGUCGCCAACCACAUUCGGGAGCGAGAAGGGAAGACCAAGGACCAGGUGCUACUGUUGAUUGACAUCCAAGUCUCCUACAUCAACACCAACCACGAGGACUUCAUCGGCUUCGCCAAUGCUCAGCAGAGAAGCAGCCAAGUUAACAAGAAAAACACGAUCGGAAACCAGGGAACCAAUCUUCCGCCUUCACGGCAAAUUGUGAUUCGUAAGGGCUGGCUCACCAUCAGCAACAUCGGCAUCAUGAAAGGAGGCUCAAAGGGGUACUGGUUCGUCCUGACAGCUGAGAGCUUGUCCUGGUAUAAGGAUGAUGAGGAAAAGGAGAAGAAGUACAUGCUGCCCUUGGAUAAUCUGAAGGUCCGAGAUGUGGAAAAGAGCUUCAUGUCUAGCAAGCAUAUUUUUGCCCUCUUUAACACAGAGCAGAGGAAUGUAUACAAAGACUAUCGCUUCCUAGAACUGGCAUGUGACUCCCAGGAGGACGUGGACAGCUGGAAAGCGUCACUGCUAAGAGCCGGGGUCUACCCCGAUAAAUCCACAGCAGAAAAUGAUGAGAAUGGCCAGGCUGAAAACUUUUCCAUGGACCCCCAGUUGGAGAGGCAAGUCGAGACCAUUCGCAACCUUGUAGACUCCUACAUGUCCAUCAUCAAUAAGUGCAUCCGAGACCUCAUCCCAAAGACCAUCAUGCACCUCAUGAUCAAUAAUGUGAAAGAUUUCAUCAACUCCGAGCUCCUGGCGCAGCUGUACUCCUCGGAGGACCAGAACACGCUGAUGGAGGAGUCGGCCGAGCAGGCCCAGCGUCGCGACGAGAUGCUGCGCAUGUAUCAGGCUCUCAAGGAGGCCCUGGGCAUCGUCGGCGACAUCAAUACCGCCACCACCUUCACCCCUGCGCCGCCACCUGUGGACGACUCCUGGAUCCCUCACUCCCGCAGGUCGCCCCCUCCGAGCCCCACCAACCAAAGGAAGCCGGCGCUGAACACCCCGAUCCCUCGGCCAGCCUCCAGCCGCGGGCCAGCUCCGGCCAUCCCCUCUCCUGGCCCCCACUCGGGGGCUCCCCCCGUUCCAUUCCGCCCGGGCCCUUUGCCCCCCUUCCCCAACAGCAGCGACUCGCUAGGGGCCCCUCCACAAGUUCCGUCUCGGCCCACGAGGGCCCCUCCCAGUGUCCCCAGCCGGAGGCCACCCCCAUCACCAACUCGCCCCACUAUAACCCGCCCGCUAGAGUCCUCCCUGUUAGACUAAGCGAAGCGGCUGGCUUGGCCAAACUAAUUACUAACGAAUCCCGCAAAGGUGACCUGUUUGAUAACCGUGGCCGUGAAGCCGUGAGUAGUCCCCUGCGUGGACCUCAGUUAGCAAGUAACCAGUCUCACUAACAUGCCCCCUCACGCCGCGGCUCGGGCUGGGCCCCUGGAAACGGUCGGG